AUGUUUUUCUGGACCGAUCACUUUGGAGGUGAUUACAAUUAAAAAACUACCAGUUAAGUUUUAAGGAAGGAAUGUUGAGGUGAUUCAAGAGUUACGGAUCUUGAGGUUUUGAAGGACGAAUCUAGUUUUGAUUCGAGAGCUAUGGAUUUUUGUAACGGAAUUGUAUCAUAAGUAGAGAACUUUUUGACAUGUAAAUAAUGCACGAUAUGUGUUUGAUAACAUUUCUCAACGAAACUAGUUAAGUUUUAAAGCGGUGUUAGAAUACAAUGUCAUUUAAGGAUUCCAAAAGGUCACUUCGGUAAUAUUUUCAAACUAGUCUGCCACGACCCAAACAAAAUGGGUCAAUAUCAUUACGUAAGUAUUUCAAACGAACCCUAAAACCUAAACAAAAUCUCUUGUUGAUUUAUUCUUAAAUUGAAAUUUCUGUUGAUUUUAAUUUUAUGUGUAAUUUGUGGCAAAUAACUGUUUGGCAUGAUAUGAUUGGUCGUCAAUGUCCUAUAUUCGGCGUAAAUCGCGAGGUUUUGGUACCUUUAGCUAAACCAACUGGGUAUACUGGAGCUGAUCCUUACAAAAUAUCAUUUCAAGUUGGGAAAGAGAAGUUUCUUAUUCCUUGGCUUCUUGUGAUAAAUCGGAAGGGGCCUGAAGUCCCUAUGAUUGACGUCAACUUGAGGUAUUCAGGAAAUGAUUUACAUGGUAUCACGGCUAAAGUCGUAGACAUGCCUCGUCAUUAUGUUGAAGUUCAUCCAAACAUACGUGAUCAGUUUUGGAGUCCAGAGCACUGGCCAAAACAUGUUCUUGUCAGAUACACAUGGGAGGAGCACUCGGAGAUAGAUGUUCCAGCUGGUUUCUACGUAUUGUUUGGAUCAGGGCUUGCGAUGUCAUUUAUCCUUGCAAUAUACGUGUUGCAGUCCUCUCAGGACAAACUCGCAAGGUUUGUUAGGGAGACUGUUGUUGAAAGCAGCAUGCCUGGUGGUGGAGUGGCCAAGGUCGAAUAGACAAGAUAGAGGGUGAAUAGAGAAAUAGGAUUCGUAGUCUACUGUCUAUUCUUAUUCUUGGGAAGGUAGAGCGUGUGGGUUUGAAUUUGGUGCCAUAAUUUUGUAACAAAAAAAAUGUAACAAGAAUUAGACGAGGAAUAUUUUUUUUUGAUAGAAACGAUGAAUAUAUUAAUUAAGCAAUAUAAUACAGAAGGUUUACAAUUCA